CCAGAGAGCAAGAAGCAAUAACAAACACACCUAACUAGCAGCGAGCUAACGCAACUUUGGGAAACUGAUCACACAGGCAAAGUGUCGCCUUUGCGGUGGACACACAUCUUCUUUGUUAAUAUACUACUAACUGUGUGUGAGACAACGUACACGGAUUACAAAGUAGACAUGCAGUAAUCCGUCACGUAGCUGCUAUUUGCUAAUACUAGCUAACGUUAAUCCUCCCUGGCGCCGUCGUUUCUGAGUGGAGUGACAAGUAGCCAGAAGCUUUAAAUAAUAAUAACACAUCUAACGUCAGUCGUUUCCCCCACGGUGCCAUGGGAUGUGACCGGUGAGAAGACCGGGUUUAACGUCACAUCACAGUCUUCACGGUGCCGGUACUAGCAGUGUUUCUAAGUUUAGUGCAACUUUAAGCGACCAAGGAUGGCUCACCAUGGUGUGUGGUGCACAGGAGCUCGAUUGAGUGUCCUUGUAAUGGUUUUCUGCAGCGUACUGGUUCCCUCACCCACACAGGCCUAUAUCUAUGCUCAUUAUAGCAAUAUGACCUCCAUGUUGUUUGAGGACCUGCCUGCCUUGUUCGGUUCCCCUCUUCCUAAGGAUGGACUAAUGGGAGUUUUGAUGGUGUCCCGCCCACUUAAUGGCUGUGCAGCAAUAGACCCUCCUCCUCCACUGCCACCAUCCUUUGAUGCCAACACCACCAAAUUCAUCGCUCUUAUCAGACGCUAUGACUGCAAUUUUGAUAUAAAGGUUUUACAUGCACAGCGAGCUGGGUACAGCGCUGCAAUCAUUCACAACAUGUACUCAGACACGCUGCUCAAUAUGAACUACAGCAAUGACACUAUUGCAGAGGAAAUUGAAAUCCCCUCUGUAUUUACCAGUUACUAUGCCUCCCAAAUUCUCAGGAAUUUCAUAAUUCCAGAACAAGGGGCCUACGUGAUCCUCAAGCCGGAGUUUGCUUUUCCACUCUCAUACUACCUAAUUCCCUUCACCGGAGUAGUUGGCAUGAUCAUUCUUGUGAUGUGUGUCGUCUUGAUUGUACGAUGUGUACAGUAUAGAAAAAGGCUGAGAAAAAAUCGUUUGUCCAAGGACCAACUGAAGCGAAUUCCAACCCACAGGUUCUGUAAAGGUGAUGACUAUGAUUUGUGUGCAAUCUGUCUGGAUGAUUAUGAAGAAGGAGACAAGCUGAGAGUUUUGCCUUGUUCACAUGCUUACCACUGCAAGUGUGUGGACCCUUGGCUCACACAGACCAAGAAGACGUGUCCUGUGUGCAAACAGCGCGUCACUCGGAAUAACACAGAGCACUCCGAGUCCGAGUCUGAGGAUGAAACUGGAAGACGUGGGGAGGAAGAAGGAACGGGGGGCGAAGCGGACACGGAGCGCACUCCUCUUCUUCGACCCUCCAACCCAGGGUCUCCCUCGGGGAGCCCAGCGGCCUAUUCAGCCACCACCACCACCACUACUGCCCAGUGCCUCGCCUCCCCUGCACUCUGCGACUCACCCAUCCUGGAUUACGAAGGCUACCACCCCCAUCUGGAGGACACGGACUCAGAAAGUGAUCACGCAGACCACACUGACACCACUCAGCUCAUUGGUAGGGAUGAAGUGGAGAUCUGAUGGCCCGAACAUAGCUGGUGUGAGAUUACUUAGUUUUACCUGAAGGGUAUCUUUGUGUCAUCAUGCGUGCUAUCACACUGUGCUUUUAAAUAGUUUGCAGAUUUGGGGUUAGCUAGACAUUUAUUGUAAGUGAAUCUUUUACCAAGUAACCAGAGGAGGUCUGCUCGUUAGUGUCAAAGCACAUGAAGCACUUGCAUUGAAGAGUUUUACUGAAAUCUAGCAUUAAGCAACCCCCAUCUAUACACACACACACUCACUCCUGGACUCCCAUAUUUGACUGCAGACCUCCUUUUUUAAUGCAUGUUUUAAUCCGUAACUUGCCCACGCCAGGUGACCUAAACAUUAGUGUUGCACAAAAAGAAUGGGCCACUUAAAUCUAAUGUGCUGUUAAAAUAGUGUGAGGUUUAGCCUGUGUUGCUAAACAGAAUGAAUUCUGUGCUCACACUUAAAGCGGAUCUUCUAAAUAUCUUCUCGUGAGGUUAUUUGUAAGGUUAUGGUGACUCUCUGUUGUCUUAAUCAUAAUAGAUUUAUAUCUGAAAGCCCUUUCUAUCAGCUUUGCAUCUAACAAGGCUGUGCACGUGGAGGUAAAAUGUUUGUCUUUAUUUUAUCUUUUACUACCCAUAACUCUCUUUUCACAUAUUUCAAAGCUAUAUUUCAGUUCUUUGAAAUGUCAGAUUUUCCAAAUUCCAUAGUUAAUAACGCCAUAAUAGAAUAUUGCAAAGAUGUUAUACAUUUCUGCUGCUUUUAAAUUGUUAUUGAUAAUUAUGUGUGAUCUGUUAAAGGUAAAUAUGUUUAGCUUUAUCCAGUUUGUCAAGUUGAACAAACUCAGGUUUUUAGUAACAACAACAAAUUGUCAGUUCGUAUUGUAACUGAAUAACAAAAUUAUAAUUAACAGGGUUUGGUCUUCUAAAUUGUUUUAGCUAUUUGAAACCGUAAGAUAUAGCUUGAUUGAUAUUUAAUGGUUGUUUUUCCAUUUUUAUAUAGACAGAAUCAUAACGUUUUGAAUCGCGGGACCCUGGACGUGUUUUUAGGAAAAAAAGAGCAUUGCCUUACAUCGGCCUUCUUGUACAUGUGUAUGUUAAAUGUUUGGAAAUUGAAGGGAAAGAUUUCACACUCCUUUUGUUUUUCUCUUGUUUUGCUAAUAUUUUAAUACUGCUGGUUAGAAAGCUUUGAUAUGUUCCCUUGUCUGUAAAUGUGCUCCACUUUUCUUUUUAUAGUGAUGAACAAGACAGAGACAGCCUGUGUUUUCCAGAUGUUUAAUGAUAGUAAUAAUACAGAUAGCAAGCCCAGACAUUUGCACCUAAAUAUUUGGACAAGCUCAGCAGCUGUCAAACAAUAUAUGUUUUGUUUCUCUAUUUCAUAAAACGAUCUGGAUGGAGUCCAAGAUGUUGAACUAUAUAAAGAGCAGUACAAAAAGAAACCUUUAAAAAAAGCUGUUAAAGCCAAACUUUUUCGCUGCUACAAAUAAAGGUACAGUGUUGAUACCUUGAUCUAACAUCGUAAACACAUCAUUUUUGUUUUUACUGUUGAUUACCUAACAGGGUGAGGUCAUUUUAACGCACUGUACAAAUUAACCCACAAUCCCUAUUUGCCUAGAUGGGGAUAUGCAAAUGUUGAUGAUGUUUCCUCUGUGUACAUUUUUCUUUUCUCCACCACAGUCAGAAAACAUUCUGAAAUCUGUAAUUUUAAUUUAGGGAAGCUGUCAUCUAUGAUUAUAAAUAGAUAUUUUGAGCAAUUGUUUCAUCAAUUACAAAAUGUAUAACCUUCACUUGGUUUAUACCACAUAGGACCAAACAUAUCCGCCCAAACAUCACGACUGCAUAUGGUAACAGAGGAAACACUUCACACGAUGCAUAUACGUCCUGUUGAUUGUUUCAGGAAGCCGCAUUUAGACUCUGAAAUCAUAACAUUCCAUCUUUAUAUUCUUCUGAUGAUCGAUUAAAGACUUAACACUAUCAAAAUCUCUUUGGGACUUGUUAGCAAUACUCUUUUGUUAUAAAAUAGAAAAAAAAAUUAUAUUUGCAUUAUUUGUACUGUUUGUUUCUUUUCCUUUUUUUGCUCUAUAUGUCUCAAUUUUAGAGACAACUGAAACAAAUGAAAAAAAUAUAAUCCCCAAAUUAUUAUUAUUCUGUUCUUCUUUUAGAAUGUGCCUAGUGUAUCACACUUAAAUAAUAAAUGUUCAGUGUCAAGUAUGAUUUCCAUGUAUAAAGCAGGUCAGAGAAUCAUUAGAAUGUCUGAACACAGUCUGGGAAGCUGCAUUUAAUGUGUGAUUUGUGGAAGAUUAAAUGAUAUUGAAACGGGA